UAUUUAACUGGUUUUUUUGUUGCUGUCAUUAAAAUAUCUUACUGUUUGAGUUUUGCGUGACGCAACAACAGCUUAGUAAAUGUGUUUCACACGGAUGGUUUGUACUGUAAUGAAUUAAUUAUUAUUAUUUUAGAAGCCGUGAUGAAAUUCUUGUAAUUUCCAAAGAUACGCAAUAACUAACCUGGGGGGGGUGGGGAUAUUUAACUUUUAAAAUGAGAGAUUAGUGCUAGUGUUGCUUUUAAAUAAAAGGAUCAUUUUAAAAUAUAUAUGUGUAGCUUUUGAUUAAACGGAGCGUUCUGGGGUCUCUUGAUCAGAAUGCUUCAGUAGCUACACGUGCAAACAACACAACUCGAACAAACACGUCGAGUAUUCGGGAUGAAUAUCUGUUUAACAAACGCUCUGGGACAUUGCAUUUAAAACACGGGUAACACUUUCGCCAGCAUUGCUGUGGUGCUGCGUUGACAGGACAAGGCUCCAGUUAAUAAGGACCGGUCUGGGAGAUGAAGACCUGUUUGAUCGCGCUGUGCCUGUGCGCGGCGGCCGCCUUGCUGCUGCAGAGCGUGAACGGAAGGAGAGGCCAGGAUCUGCACUGUGGAGCCUGCCGAGCCCUGGUGGAUGAGAUGGAGUGGGAGAUAUCUCAGAUCGAUCCCAAGAAAACGAUUCAGGCAGGAUCCUUCAGGAUCAACCCGGACGGCAGCCAGUCCAUCAGAGAGGUUCCCUUCGCUCGCUCCGAGUCCAGCCUGCUGGAGGUGAUGGAGCGCGUCUGUGAGAAGAUGUCGGAGUACGCUGAGAAGCAGGACCCCGGCUCUCAGCGCCCCUCCUACGAGCGGAUCGUCUCCCGGGACGGCAAGAAGACGGACCUGUCGGGGAGCAGGUUCGACACGCGGGCCGCCGCCAGCCUCAAGUUCACUUGCGAGGCUAUCGUGGAGAAGUACGAAGAUGAGCUGAUUGAGUUCUUCUCUCACGAAACGGAGAACGUCAAAGACAAGCUGUGCAGCAAGCGAACAGAUCUCUGCGACCACGCUCUCCACAUACCUCACGAUGAGCUCUGAGGAUGAGUUUUUCUCGUCGUCUAACAGAACCGGAUCCAUCCAGCUGACCCUUUUGCAAAACUGGUUCCAACAAACUGAGCCCAGAAGAUCUGAUCCAGCUCCAGCCAAAAAGAGUUUCCUCACCCCCCCUGCAGAAUGAACUCGUUCUGCUUCACAAAGUCCAGUGAAACCUGUCGAAGCAUGUUACGAUAACAUGCUGCAUUACAUGCCACAGCUUUACAGUUUUCCCAGAAACUGCAACAUGUGACCUUUUGAAAUCUAACUUGAAAUACUGUACUGCUGUUCUGGCUUCCUUUGCGAUAUUUCUUUGAUUUGAUUUGCGUGAUGUUAAAUAAAAUAUCUAAAUUAUGUUCA